AUGAAAUGCAUCGCGCCGUUCCCCGAGGGCUUUGUCGAGAUUUUCGGAAAAGGCGGGCAGGCUCUGACGACAUUGGGGGAACCCGCAGAAAAGUCAUCACGCCGACUAACGCCGAGGGCACACAUGUCGUGGACAGACUUCAUCACCAGCAGCAUCGGAUCGAGAGUCGCCAGCCGUCUCUUCCCUGCCACCAUCACGUCCCGACGGAGCUUUGCCACAGUCCAUCCCACAGCAGCAGCAGCAGCAGCAGUCAUGGCGGGCACCCAGCGCGAUCCCACCACCCUCUCCAACUAUGGCCUCUGGCGCACCCGCCACACGGCCGUCGACUUCACGAUUGACUUUGACGGCAAGCGCCUGCACGGCGCCGUGACGCUGCGCCUCGAGCGCCAGACGGACGCGCCCAGCCCCGAGGUGGUGCUCGACACGCGCUUCGUGCAGGUGCUGGGCGCGCGCGUCGACGGCGCCGCGGCCCCGUGGGAGCUCAAACCGCACCAGGACCCCCUCGGGGCGCCGCUGCACAUCACGCUGCCGGCGGCCGCGGCGGCCGUGGCCAGGGGCAGCACCGUGGACCUGGUGCUCGACGUGGCGACGACGGCGCAGUGCACGGCGCUGCAGUGGCUGACGCCCGCGCAGACGUCCAACAAGAAGCACCCGUACAUGUUCUCCCAGUGCCAGGCCAUCAACUGCCGCAGCAUCUUCCCGUGCCAGGACACGCCCGACGUCAAGUCGACGUUUGCCUUUCGGCUGACGUCGGCGCUGCCCACCGUCGCCAGCGGCGUGCCCGUCGGCGACCACGCCCCGACCCCGGGCGUCGCAAAGGUCUACGAGUUUGCGCAAAAGGUGCCCAUCCCGUCGUACCUGUUUGCCGUCGCGUCGGGCGAUAUCCGCACCAGGCGCAUCGGCGCGCGCAGCUCCGUGGCGAGCGGGCCCGAGGAGGUCGAGGGCUGCAAGUGGGAGCUGGAGCGCGACAUGGACAAGUUCCUCGAGGUCGCCGAGAAGCUCAUCUUUCCGUACCGCUGGGGCGAGUACAAUGUCCUGGUUCUGCCUCCUAGCUUUCCAUAUGGAGGCAUGGAGAACCCCAUUUACACUUUUGCGACGCCUACUAUUAUCAGUGGCGAUCGCCAAAAUGUCGACGUCAUUGCGCACGAGCUCGCGCACAGCUGGAGCGGCAACCUCGUUUCCAAUGCCAGCUGGGAGCACUUCUGGCUGAAUGAAGGCUGGACCGUCUACCUCGAGCGCCGUAUCGGCGCUGGUCUUCACGGCGAGCAGGAAUUUGACUUUUCGUCCAUCAUUGGCUGGAAGUCUCUUGAGGAUGCCGUGGCUCAGUUUGGCCCCGACCACGAGUACACCAAGCUCAUCAUCAGCCACAAGAAUGUCGACCCCGAGGACGUCUACAGCACCGUUGCCUAUGAAAAGGGCUUCCACUUCCUUUACUACCUCGACCGUCUCGUCGGCCGCGCCAACUUUGACAAGUUCAUCCCGCACUACUUUACCAGGUGGGCCGGCAAGUCGCUCGACUCGUUCGAGUUCAAGACGACAUUUAUGGACUUUUUCAACAGCCACGGGGACGAGUCUGUCAAGCACAAAAUCAGCACCAUUGACUGGGACGACAAGCUGUACUCGCCUGGCCUGCCGCCCAAGCCCGACUUUGACACGACCCUGGCGAAGCAGUGCUACGACCUGGCCGACAAGUGGAAGGAUAGCUCGUUUGAGCCCGCGCGCGCUGACAUUGACGGCCUGACGGCGAACCAGCUGCAGGUGUUCCUCGGCGCGGUGCAAGAGCGAGGCGGGCUGUCGCCGGGGCGCGCGCAAAAGAUGGGCGAAGUGUACGACUUUCUCGCGUCGGAGAAUGUCGAGGUGCUGGCGGCGUACUACCACAUCGCGCUCGCGGCCAAGGACCCGACGUGCGUGGACGGGGUGGCGGCGCUGCUGGGCCGCGUCGGGCGCAUGAAGUUUGUGCGGCCGCUGUACCGCGGGCUCAACGAGGUGGACCGCGACUUGGCGCUCCAGACAUUUGCCAAGAACAAGGACUUUUACCACCCCAUCUGCAGAGGCAUGGUUGAAAAGGACCUCAAGGUCUAA